CCGUAUACAGUAGUCAAAGCUGUGGAAGCUCGAAGCCCAUGUCCAAACUCCUUCAAGAAAACCCCAUCAAGGUGAUAAACUCAGCUGCGAACUCAACGCUGGAAAAAGGAACAGUCCUUUUCUUUCCCUUAAUUCUUUGAUUUGUUACAGAUUUUGUGAAAAAAAUACUAAUAUUCAUGAGCAGAUUACAGAUUAUCAGAGCACCUCAUUUGUUGCGAUGGAUUUCUUUACUAAGCGCAACUAGCAAUUUUAAAUCAUCAAAAUCCAAUCUUUAUGGUUAUGGCUCGCAUCAUCUUGUACAAAAGGUUAGGUUGUAUAUAACAGAGAGUUCAAUUGAUUUGAAAAAAGGUGUGGGUUUUGGUGGGAGUGGGAAAAUGGGGCGUAUAGUGAAAGCACAAGCACAAUCUGCUUUGGUAGAGUACUUCCAUUUAACUAGGAGUUUGAGGAUCAUGGAUGCUGAAAAUAUGGGGAAAAAUACCCCUGAGUUUUUCAAUAGGUUGAUGAAGAGAGUGGCUAUAGAUGAUGAUAGCAAGAUUAAGCAUUCUGUGAUGCGUUUUUUGAGGUACCAUCCGGUUAAUGAGUUCGAGCCCUUCUUUGAGAGCAUAGGAUUGGAUUAUUCCGAAUACGUGGAGUAUCUUCCUAGAAACUUGAUGUUUUUGUGUGAUGAUGAGUUGCUGUUGGACAAUUAUUAUGUUCUGCAUAACUAUGGCAUUGAAAGGAAUAGGAUUGGGAAGAUUUUCAAGGAAGCCAAUGAGGUAUUCCGGUAUGACUAUGGCUCUCUGCAGGAAAAGCUUCGAUCUUUUGAGAAUUUGGGGUUGAGACGGUCUCUCGUUGCCAAGAUUGUUGCUGCGAGUCCUCGUCUUUUGAGGGGGGAUGUUGAUGAAUUUGUUGAGUUUCUGGAGAUGUUAAAGAUGGUGGAGAUUGAAUGCGAAUGGCUUUUGGAGAAUAUAUGUGAGGAGGAUUCUUACAGCUGGAAAUGCAUGCUUCAGCUCAUGUGCUUCUUGUGCAAGUUGGGCUGGAGCGAGAAGCAAGUCGGGGAAAUAAUCAAGCAGCAUCCCGAUCUUCUGCUCAAGUGCUCUGGCCGCGUUACCUUUGGCCUAAUUGGGUUAUUGAUAAAAUUUGGAGCAACAAAGAGUGAUCUACACACUCUUUUUCAUCAGUUUCCUCAAAUACCAGUUUUGAAGUUUACUAAGAAUUUACAUACUUCCUACAUGUUCCUCUCUGAAAUAGACAUGGCUGCCAUAGAUAUCGGUAAAAUAGUCUGCUCAUACCCUUCACUUUUGGGUUCCAUUGAACUAAAAAAAGUGAAUAGCAUAUUAAGCCUACUGUCCUGUGGCAAGAAUAGGCUCUGUCAAAUGGUCAAUGAUGAUCCGUUCACUUUGGAGGCAUGGGUCCUUGGUAGGAGAGUCGAACGACUAGAGACUCAAAAGAGGGCUGUUAAAAGUAAGGCUUUGAAAACUGAGUUUCUGAUAAGCCUAGGCUUCAACAAGAAUUCAGAGGACAUGGAAAAGAGUCUUAAAAUGCUUCGGGGCAGAGGAGUGGAAAUUCAAGAGAGGUUCGAUUGUUUGGUGAAGAAUGGCCUGAGCCGCGAGGAGGCAAUAAAGAUGGUCAGAGUAUCUCCUCAAAUUCUCAACCAGACUCGUGAUGUUAUUGAGACAAAGAUUCGGCUUUUCUUUGAGGAGUUGGGCUAUGGAGUGUCUGAUUUACUCACUCAUCCCAAAAUUAUAUCCUACACACUUAAGAGGGUGAAGCUUAGGCUUUUAAUGUACAGAUGGCUUAAAGGUCAAGGAGCAGUGCGUCCCGGUUUGUCCCUGAGCACGCUCUUGGCUACCACGGAUGAAGAAUUUUUCAGAGCUUAUGUAGCUCCUCACGCUAGAGGGCUUGAAUUUUGGAUAAGUCUGAAUAAAAAACAUAUCAUUAAAUAGUUUAGUUUCAACGAGCUCUUGGACUGGAAUUCUUAUGGCAGGCAGGCAGGGAAAAGUAUGGUUCACUACCAGCAGAAUCUGAAUAAGGCAGACUAUGCAUAAGUGCAGAUUCAAUUCAUGAUUCAGAUUUGAAAGGAGUGCAGUGCAGAGCUCGGCUAUCUAGUGAGCCGGGACGGAGACCGGGCGGAGGACGGUUGUAGCAUGGGGGUUCGGGGUCCAGUGGCGGUGGCGGUGGC